UUAGUCCCAAAUGAGUCAGCAUACAGCCCCGCUCGGCGGGGGCUGCCUGUCUGGCGAGGACAGCCGCACAAACACGGUUGCAGAGAGCGAGGAGCGCUGGGUUUCUGCAGCUCCUGUCCCUCCUCAGAGAGUCUGAGAGGACCCACCCACCAAGGCCAUGGAAGUGGAGGCUACAGAGGCCAAAGCCCCAGGCCCCUGCUACAAGCGCUCUGGCCGCCGUUAUAAGUGCCUGUUCUGUACAAAGACAUUUCCAAAUGCUCCCAGGGCAGCCCGCCAUGCUGCUACACAUACAUCUACAGACUGCAAAGAGGAGGUGAAUGAGGUCCAGUCCAAGGUGGACACGGAGCCCAAGGCCGAGGACGCCAGCGGAGACAAGGUGUCUGCUUCAGUGGCCAAGCCCCGGCCCUAUGCCUGUCCACUGUGCCCCAAGGCCUACAAGACAGCUCCUGAGCUCCGCAGCCACGGGCGCAGCCACACUGGGGAGAAGCCCUUCCCGUGCCCCGAGUGUGGCCGCCGCUUCAUGCAGCCAGUGUGCCUGCGUGUGCACCUGGCCUCGCACGCUGGUGAGCUGCCCUUCCGAUGCACGCACUGCCCCAAGGCUUAUGGGACACUGUCCAAACUCAAGAUCCACCAGCGCGGGCACACAGGGGAGCGGCCCUACGCCUGCACCGACUGCGGCAAGAGCUUUGCCGAUCCGUCAGUGUUCCGCAAGCACCGGCGCACGCACGCCGGCCUGCGGCCCUACAGCUGCGAGCGCUGCGGCAAGGCCUACGCCGAGCUCAAGGACCUGCGCAACCACGAGCGGUCCCACACGGGUGAGCGCCCCUUCCUUUGCUCCGAGUGCGGCAAAAGCUUCUCGCGAUCCUCUUCGCUCACAUGCCACCAGCGCAUCCACGCAGCCCAGAAACCCUACCGCUGCCCAGCGUGUGGGAAGGGCUUCACGCAGCUCAGCUCCUACCAAAGCCACGAGCGUACGCAUUCGGGCGAGAAGCCCUUCUUGUGCCCUCGCUGUGGCCGCAUGUUCUCCGACCCCUCGAGCUUCCGCCGCCACCAGCGGGCACACGAGGGCGUGAAGCCUUACCGCUGCGAGAAGUGCGGCAAGGACUUCCGGCAGCCGGCCGACCUGGCCAUGCACCGGCGAGUGCACACGGGCGACCGGCCCUUCAAGUGCCUGCAGUGCGACAAGACUUUCGUGGCCUCCUGGGACCUCAAGCGGCACGCCCUGGUGCACUCGGGCCAGCGGCCCUUCCGCUGCGAGGAGUGCGGGCGAGCCUUCGCCGAGCGAGCCAGCCUCACGAAGCACAGCCGCAUGCACUCGGGUGAGCGUCCUUUCCACUGUAACGCCUGCGGGAAGUCUUUCGUGGUGCUGUCCAGCCUCAGGAAGCACGAGCGCACCCACAGAAGCAACGAGACCCCCGGAGCCGCCCCCCAGCAGGAGCUGGUCCUGGGACUGGCGCUGCCCGUAGGCGUCGUGGGUGAGGGCUCGGCCGCCCCCGGGGCGGGGGCUGGGCUAGGGGACCCUCCCGCCGGGCUGCUGGGGUUACCGCCCGAGUCUGGUGGGGUAGUGGCUACACAGUGGCAGGUGGUGGGCAUGACGGUGGAGCAUGUGGAGUGCCAGGACGCCAGCGUCGGGGAGGCCCCUGGCACCCUGGGAGACGCGGGGGAGGGGGCGGGCGAGGAGACCGAUGAGAAGCCCGCACAGUUCGUGUGUCGAGAGUGCAAAGAAACUUUCAGCACGUUGACGUUGCUGCGCCGGCACGAGCGCUCGCACCCCGAGCUCCGGCCCUUCCCCUGCACCCAGUGUGGCAAGAGCUUCUCGGACAGGGCUGGGCUUCGCAAGCACAGUCGCACCCACAGCUCCGUCCGCCCCUACUCCUGUCCCCAGUGUCCGAAAGCGUUCCUGAGUGCCAGUGACCUGCGCAAACAUGAACGCACCCACCCCGUGCCCAUCGGGACCCCCAUCCCCCUGGAGCCCCUCGUGGCUUUGCUAGGAAUGCCAGAAGAAGGGUCAGCUUGAAGCUUGCAGCUCUCUCUACUCCUCCCCACCCCACCCCCCAAGCCCCACCCCCAGUCUCCUGUGGGCAGCUAGCUCUGCUCUCAGUCCAUGGAGAGCCGGGGACAACCGAGGCUGGCAGACACAGUCAUUAAAGCGUUGGCUUUGACACCGAGCUGUCUUCUGCAUUCUGGUGCAGUUAAGCCUCAGUGGAGAUCCCAGACAGACACACAGAGGGCUCUGGGGGGUGUUUUGUUUUGUGACAGGAUCUCAAAGCUUAGCCUGACCCAGAGCUCAGUGGGUAGCCCAGGCUCACCUUGAGCUCAAGCGAUCCUCCUGAACUAGCCUCCCAAGUACUAGGAUUACAGGUGUUUACCACACCUGGCCCCAGAAGGGUCUUGAAAUGUGUUGAUUGCCAAAGUAUAUUUUGGGUUGUAAGAGCUUUGUAGGCAGGUUGAUCCAGGAAGGUAUCUGAGACUCUGAGAAUUCCGGGGAAUUCAGCAGUGUGUUAAAAGCGUCAAGCCCUGCAGUGAAGCAGCCUCUGCAGCUUAGGUUAGCCUGUACUUGGGGCCGUGAAACCUUUACUAUGUCUGUCCUUCCAUAGAUAGUAAGCUGGCCUCAACAAUUAUUUUUUUCUCAGGGCUGGAGAGAUGGCUCCACUGUUAAAGGCUAAGGGUCACAAAAAGUUCCCCCCUCAGGUAUGAGACAGCUAAAAAACAUUAUCUUUUCUGUUUUUCACAGUAACAAACUAGAAGGUGUACUUGGAGGGAAACAGAUUCCUCUUCACAUUAAAACCCACGAACUACAAAGAACUAACCUCAUGGUAGUACACGCCUGUAAUCCCAGCCCUCUGGAGGCAGAGGCAGGCAGAUUGCUGGGAGUUCGAGGCCAGCCUGGUCUACAGAAAGGGAGUCCAGGGCAGCCAGGGCUGUUACACAGAGAAACCCUGUCUUGAAAAAAGUCCUUACUGGGUUUGGGUUUGGUGGUGCACACCUUCAGUCCCAGCACUCAGGCGGUAGAGGCAGACAGAUCUCUGGGUUCAAGGACAGCCUGUUUGAAGGAGUUCCAGGAAAGCAGGGGCUACAUACACAUACACACAAAGCCAAGUGAAGAAAUAUAUGUAGUCUAAGCAGUGGGGCAUACUAUGCCUGAAUUGACAAGGUUGUUACUAAAAUAUGUUGAUAGACUCCAGCACUUGGGAGGCAGAGGGAAGGAGGUCUCUGAGUUCAAGACUAGUUUGGUCAACAUCAGGAGUUCUAGCUGACCAGGGCCACAUUAUGAGAUACACAAAAGUUGACAACUGGAAUUUAUUUUGGUGAUGGAGCACUUACCCAUCAUGUGUGAUGUGAGGUCCUGGGUUCUAUCUACAGCAUUAGGAGGGAAAAGUUGACUCUCCUAGUUUGGUCUCUAAAUCCAUUGCAUUUGCAUUGAAUUCACAGUGUAGCCCAGGCUGCCCUCAAACUGGUACUUCUGCUGUAGCUUCCCAAGCAUAUGCUGUCACAGCUGACUGUCUGACAUUUGUAAGGGGAAACCAACCAGAGUUCCUGGCUGUCCUGGAACUUUACUCUGUAGAAGAGGCUGGCCUCCAGCUCAUAGGUUUGCUACCAUUCCUUUGUAUUUCAUGAUGUCAGCUGGUUGUCAGUGCAGUGAAACCAAGCUUGGGACAGAGACAGAUUAUUCUGCCAUUUUCCCAGAUUUGUAAGGUUUGUGUCAGCCUUAGGCCUGGUCAUUGCACACUGUGUAGUCAGCCUAUGAGGUUCCCAAAAGUGUUGUGAUCAUCAGUAUUUUAAAGUUUAUCAGUAUGGCCGCAUGUCACCAUUACAACUAGAAAAAAAGAAGGUGACUUGGGCACAUGGGUUGUCACGUUGGCCAUCUUGGACUGAUGUGUGCCUGUGUUUGGCAUGAGUGAGAGUUUUUGGAAGCAUCCCCCAGAACAUCAUUAUGGUGUAUGGAAAGAGCCCAAAGGAUUUUUUAACUCAGUCUGAAAACUCAAAGCUCAUAUAGAACAUCUAUAUUUCUAUUUUUCAUUUAGGUAAAUUUUUGGUGCUGGGUAUUGAAGGUAGGAUCUCACUUAUAUUAAACAUUUGCUCUACCACUGAGCUACACAUCCAUCCCAUGGUAGUUUAAAAAAGGAAUAGAGGUGACAUCUUUGACAUGCUAAAAACCAAAGCACUAGAAUAAAAAAUACAGUAGCACAUGCUUUUAAUCGACACACUCAGGAGGCAAAGGCAGGUAGAUCUCUGAGUUUGAGGCCAGCCUGGUCUACAGAAAGAGUUCUGGGAAAGCCAGGGCUACGCAGAAACCUUGUCUUGAAAAACCAAAAAACAAACAUGUUUGGCACAAAAAUUAAAGUCAACCAGUAGAGUGAAAGAGGGGUUCAAAAACAGCCAUGUGUAUAUCUGUAAACUUACUAUUACUUAUUUUAAGUUUUGUAGUGCUGAAGAUUGAACCAGGAGUCAUAAGCAUGCUGGGCAAAAACUUUGGCAUGGACCUAUAGCUCCUGCCCUUUAUUUUAUUUUCAUGUUGAGACAUGGGAAUUACGAAGGUGACUAACCCAGAUAAACUUGGAACAUUUUUCUUCCCCCCAGUUUUUCAAGACAGGGUUUCUCUGUGUAGACCUGGUUGCCUAGAACUCACUGUACACCAGGCUGGCCUUGAACUCCUGAGUCCACCUGUCAGCUUCCCCAGUGCUGGGAUUAAAGGCGUGUGCCGCCACCACCACCGACUUGAAACUUUUGAUCCUGUACUGUCAGCUUACUGAGCAGGUGAGACAGGCUUAUACCACUAAGCCAAACACAAUCUAGGUAUCAUUCAUUUCUUUAUUGCUGUUUUGUUUUGUGUUUUUUUAUUUUAUUUUUUAUUUUUUUGAGCCAGCCUUGCUGUGUAUCCUAGACUGGCCUGUGAUCUUAUGUUUUCAUUCAGUAUCUAAAGUGCUAGGAUUACUAUCAACUUUUGUAAAUUUUUUUUUUUUUUGAGACAGGAUUUCUCUGUGUAUCUCUGGCAGUCCUGGAACUCUCUGUAGACCAGACUGGCCACGAGCUCACAGCAAUCCACCUGCCUCCCAGAGUGCUGGAAUCACAGGUAUGCGCCACCACACCCAGCUGGAAUACUUAUUUUUUUAAAUUUAUGGAGAUCAGAGGACAACUUGGGAGAGUCAGUUUUCUUCUCCCAUUUGGGACCUAGGGAUGGAACUCAGGUUGUCAGCCUUGGCAGCAAGCACUUUUGCCUGCUGAGCCACCUCGCCUGCCUAGCGGGCUGCUGAAGAUUGCAUCCUACAUUGUAUCCAGUAGGGCCUUCCUUUCUGUUUGUAGCUAAAGCAAAGCUAAAGGCUGAAGUAAGCUGAAACUCCCUUCCUAAGCUCUUUAUUUUCUUUUCCCCCUUUUCUGAGAGUCUUCCUGUAGACAGUUUUUGUUUUUGUUUUUUGAGACAGUGUCUCCCUGUGUUAGCUCAGGCUGUCCUUGAACUUGAGGUGAUCUUCCUGCUUAGCCUCCAACAUGCUGAGAUUACAAGCAUGCAUCACCACACUGGGAUUCCAUGCCCUGUCACAGAAUUUGAGGACCGCCAAGUCGGCAGCGUCAGGAAGACCGCAGGGUGCAGUUCAUCUCCAGGCCCAAGUGUGGUCAUGGGAACAUUGCAGCAAGCAGCCAUAGUUUAAUGCAGGAAAAAUAGCAAACAUCUCAGUGACAGAGAUAGCACAAUCACACCCAGUUCUCAGAAAUUAGUGUUAGAGGGAAGUCUUUUGAGAUGGCUCAACCAGUAAAAUGCGUUUGCCACCUAGCCGGACAACCUAAAUUCAACAGCCAGAGACCUGCAUGAUGGAAGGAGAGAGCCGAUUCUUAGCAGCUGUCCUCUGAGCUGGGUGUGGUGACCCACACCUGUAAUCCCAGCACUCAAGAAGCAGAGGCAGGAGGAUCUCUGUGAGUAAGUGAUGUGGCCUAUACACACACACCCUUGGUUGUUUAAAAUGAAAGGGUGUCUUUCAAGUUGAGAGUGUAGUUCAGUGGUUGAGCAUUUGCUUAGCUCGCGAUGAGGACUAAAAGGAUAAAAGUUACGUGGGGUGGGGGAUCGGGGCCAUGGGUCUUUAAGCCCAGUACUUGGGAGGCAGAAGCAAGCUGGACAGCGAGAUAACUCAUUGAGGAAAGGCACGCGCCACCAAAGCUGAUGACAUCUAUUUGCAGACUUGCCGGUUUUCAUUUUUGAUGAUGCUUGUGUGGGGGUUGUGUGCAUGUCAGUGCAGUGUUCACGGAGUGUGUCUGAUCCUUGGAGCUGGAGUUACAAGCAAUUGUGAGCCACCUAGUUUGGCAGCAAGUGUUCUUAAGAGCUGAACCAUUUCUCCUUAAUAAAUGUAUUUCUCCGCCAUAAAUGUACUUUUCAAGCUGUGUAUGUUUUUAUAGCUAGAAGCCCUUAGACUUAAGAUACUUGGCCCAUCUUGAGUUAAUUUCUGUGUAUGGUUUGAGGGAGGAGGUUCAACUUCAUUCUUUUGCCUAUGAAUUUUCAAUUGUUCCAGAUGCAUCUGUUGAAAAGACAUUUGUUGUCCAUUUAAUUGUCUUGGCCUUCUUUAAAAAAAUAAACUAACUGUAAAUAUGA